CAGCGUAGCCAGGAAUGUGGGAGCCCCUAGCUGCAGAGACUCAACCUGGGGGAGGCCCCAGAGGUCACAUGGUGGGUGGCAAGAGCAGGUGGGUGGGUCCUGGGCCAAAGGAGAAGGCUGGGCUGCUCUGGAGGGGAGGGGGUCAGAAGGUCAGACCCUGGCAGGAAGCUCUUUUGAAUAGAUGCCAAAUAUAUCAUCUAGCCUGAGGCCCCCAGGGUGGGGGCUCAUGACUCUGACCUUAGGCCUGACCUUUCUCUCCAGCCAGCUCACUGACGCCUGGCAGCUCUGCCUCCAAAAUCCCCACCCUCACUAUUGCCUGGAUCCUGGCACCAGCCUGCCUAGUGCACCCUCCUCAUGGCUACAGAGUGACCAGUCUAAAGCCCACACACGGUCUAUCCAUUCAGCAAACAUGGGCAGGAGAUGGCCCCCACAGACUGCCAGUCUGGAGGGCGACUCAGUGCAGAAACUGGCCGUGCCGAUGGCAUCUAGGAAGUGGUCUGGAGGGGGCUGGGGACCAAGUGUCCCCAUGCACCAUCUCCCCAGCCUCCCCAAGAUCUCAGCCUGUACACAGCCACAUCCCUCCUAAGCCCCUUCCCCCAUGUCCCCCGAGCAGGGAUGCUCUCUCCCCUUGUCCCUCUCCAGGCCCCUUUCUGGCCCCUCCUGGGACUUCUCCUGACUCUCACCCACCUCUGUCCCUCCCAGUCUCUGGGUGCCUUGAGCUCUGGGUGCCAGAGCCUGGGGCUGACCUGCCUGUGCUUCCAGCCCCAAGUGGGUGCCCAGCAAAUGAAGGAAUUAAGGCAGAGCAGGUCUGAGAUGAGGGCAGUGUCUGAGUGAAGGUCAGGUUCUGCCUGUCCAAGCAUGAAUUUUCCAUGGCAACAACCUCCCUUCUCCUCCCCCUGGAAGGGGUCACCCGCUCCUCUGCCUGUUUUGGCCUCCGCACCCACCCACCGCAUGCCGGGCCCCUCUGUCACCAGCGGGUAAUCCCGUGUGGUUUUUACUCUGGUGCCCAUGAAUAGAAGAGUUAGGGGACAGCUGGCAGAGAGCCCUUCCCAGGGCCUUGCACCCCACCCUCCAUGGGUGCCUGGGCAGCUCUGCACAGCCCUGUCCUCGUCAGACCCCGAGGCCAGCACCUCCAGUGGGGAGCAGACCCAGGCCCCAGGCACUCUGGUCAACACCCACAUUCCCUGAGGCCCCCCAGCUCGAGACUCAGCCUGGCCCUGGCUGUGUGGGCACAGACAAUGCAGCCCCCUGCCGCGUACCGCUCGUUAAACUCUGCCCCAGUGCUGGCGUUCUGUCUCCCCUCUACUUGGCACCUUCCACACUCUUUCCCGCCCCACUGCCUCCAAUUACCACCAAGGCCUAGCAGCUUUUUGUCCUGAAGGCCUCUCUUGCCCUGUUCCCCACCCUAAGUGGCUGAUAGCUGCUGCAGCCACCCCACAGGUACCCCGCCUCCUGUGACUGCGCCCCACCUUGGCAACACAGGAUGUUUUCAUGCCAGUUCUGUACACAUCACUCGCCAGCUGUAAAGUCCAGACUCUUUUUUUUUUUUUCUUUUUUAAGUAGCGUUUAAUACAGGACCUAAGACAGACUCUUUACUGGGGAAUCCAAGGCCCCUCUUGUCUGGCCCCUGCCAACCUCGCUUGGGAUCUGGGCCACCUAGACCGCUGCAGGGUUCCCCGAAUGCACUAGGCUUUCUCCUGCCUCCAGGCUGUGGAUGUGCUGUACCCAUCACCUGGGACAUUUUCUUUCCACAUGGUGAACUCUAGUGUUUCCUGUUCUGUGAAACACCCGCUAUGCCCUUCUCCCAAGCCCAGGCAUCCUGUCACUUUGUCCUCUGUGAUCCCUUUGGCCCCUGACCAUGCAGAGUAUCAAGUUCAUUGUCCCCCUCUCAUUGUAGGUCUGUCCCCCUGUCCUGGGUCAGGUUCCCCACUAGCAGAGCCUGAGGCAAGGAUCUAGGUAUGGGUGAUUUCUUGAGAGGGUGCUCAGGAGAAAUACAUAAGGGAGGGAAGAAAACAAGAGAAGAGGGGUAGAGCGAGAACGGAUCUCUGGUAGAGUCUAUUCGGGGCCUGAUCCAGGGGCCUCUGCCACACAAACUGCACGGCUGAGCUGUCCCCCUUGAGGCAAAGAGGCUGCCUUUGUGUCCCUGGAUCAGUCACUUGAGGUGGGGUGGGAGGUUCAUACCUUCCCGGGGGAGAUGGCUCUCACAGCAAAGGGCGAUUCACAGAAGGGGCAGCUGUGAGCAUUCGAGGUCACCACACUUGCUGCUGGGGAAGGGUGGGUGCACUGGCCAGGUGAAGGGGUCUGGGUGGGGUACUGACAGCAUCCCCCACACUCCCUGGCCAGGGGAGCUCUGACAGAUUUGUGAAUAAGUGAGUAGUACAGGGAUUCCUGGCCUAUCCAAGCACUGACAUUCCCCCAACCCACAGCUGCAUGUGCUACCCUGGGAAAAGGUCCUGUCCAUGGCCUCAGGGGACACAGUUGCCACUGCAGUGACUGGAGAGGAGCCCAGACAUCCAACCCCCAGGAAGGACUCUGUGGAGCCCUGCCCCACACAGCAAGCAUGUGCUAUGUGCCUGGCUAUGCGGAUGGGAGCAUUAGCCAAUGUCCUCAUCAAUUCCUUAUAAUAACCAUUUUACAGAUGGGAAAACGGAGGCUCAGAGGACUGAAGUGAUACCAAGGAAGUCAUGCAACUUGUUUCCUGUCUGGCAGACACAAAGUGGCCUCAUUGUCUACGGGGGAGACCCCAGCUCUGGCUGGAUCCAGCCAGCACCCCGAGCAUCUCCCUGUGCUGAUGUCUUCCACCCCCACUAGAAUGGGGCCCAGGUCGUGGCUCCCGAAACUGUUCCAGUUAGAGAGGGAGCCUGGUGUUUGAUGUCAGCCACCUGGGAAAAGGGGAAGUGGAAUCCAGCUGUCCUUUCAGCCCCCUGUUACGUGGACAUUUCCAAGUUCAAACGGGGUCCAGGCUCCUCCCUGGCCCUCUGUGCCUACGUGGUACACAGGAACGUGACCUGCGUCCUACAGGAGGGAGCAGAGAGCUACGUAAAGGCUGAGUACCGGCAGUGUGGAUGGGGGCCCAAGUGCCCUGGGACAGUCACGUACCACACUGUGCUCAGACCCAAGUACAAGGUCGGAUACAAGACAGUGACAGACCUCGCCUGGCGUUGCUGCCCUGGCCUCACUGGGGAACGCUGCCCUGAGCACCUUACGGACCACGAGGCCACCCCACCCCGGCUGCAGCCUGAGCCCCAGAUUCCCUCGGGGCAGUUGGGCCCAGGCCUCAGGCCCCCUCCUUACAGCAGAGCAGCCCCCAGCCCUCACGGAAGGAAAGGUCCAGGGCUGUUUGGCAAGCGUCUGGAACGCCUGGAGGGUGAUGUCCAGCGCCUGGCACAAACAUAUGGUACCCUCAGUGGUGUGGUGGCCAGCCAGGAGGACCCCAACAGGGUGAAUGGUGGCCCCAGGGCUCCUUCUGCUCCUGUGGGCUUUGGGGUCAUCCCUGAGGGGCUUGUGGAUCCAGGAGAAAGACCCAGACUACCACCCACACCUCCCCUGGACGAGAUCCUGACCAAGGUGACAGAGGUGAGCAACACGCUGCAGACCAAGGUGCAGCUGCUGGAUGAGGUGCACGGGCUGGCACUGGGCCACGAGGCCCACCUGCAGCGGCUGAGGGAGGCCCCGCCAUCCCCACUCACCUCCCUGGCACUGUUGGAGGAGUACGUGGACCGAAGGCUGCACCGCCUCUGGGGGAGCCUGCUGGACGGCUUCGAGCAGAAGCUGCAAGGCGUCCAGAGUGCGUGCGACCUGCGGGUGCAGGAGGUGCGGCAGCAGUGCGAGGAGGGCCAGGCAGCCAGCCGGAGGCUGCACCAGAGCCUCGAUGGCCGGGAGCUGGCCCUGCGCCGGGAGCUCUCCCAGCUGGGCAGCCGGCUGCAGGGCCUGAGCAUAGCAGGCAGGGGCAGCUGCUGCGGCCACCUGGCAGUGAUCAGUGCCCGUGUGGAUAGCCUUGAGAGGACCCUGCAGGCAGUCACUGAGACCCAAAGGGCCCCUGGAGGCCCGGCUGGGGAUGAGCUCACACGACUCUCUGCCUCCAUGCUCGAGGGAGGUGUGGACGGGCUACUCGAGGGCCUGGAGACAUUCAAUGGGACAGAGAGUGGAGUGAGGGGCUGCUGCCUGAGGAUGGAAAUGGAGGGCUGGGGGGUGGGCGGCUUCAGGACCAUGCUGGAAGAGCGCAUGCAGAGCCUGGAGGAGCGCCUGGCGACACUGGCUGGGGAGCUAAGCCAGGGCAGCGCUCCACCAGGCAGGUCAGCACGGCCCGUUGUGCAGACGGAGCUGGCCGUGCUGGAACAACGGCUGGUCUCGCUGGAGACCUCAUGCAUCCCCAGCACCACCUCAGCCAUCCUGGACAACCUCGUGGCAGAGGUGAAGGGCUGGCAGAGCCGGAGCGAGGCCCUCCUACGCCAGGUGGCCAGCCAUGCAGCUCUGCUCCAGCAGCUCAAUGGCACCGUGGCCGAGGUCCAGGGGCAGCUGGCAGAAGGGACGGGCAGCUCACUCCAAGGUGAGAUCACUCUGCUCAAGGUCAACCUGAACUCAGUGAGCAGGUCGCUCACGGGCCUCAGUGACUCUGUCAGCCAGUACUCUGAUGCCUUCUCAGCCGCCAACACGUCCCUGGAUGAGCGAGAACGCAAGGUGGAAGCCGAAGUCCACGCCAUCCAGGAGGAGGUCAGCAGCCAAGGCUCCAGGCUCUGGGCUGGCCACAGGCAGGUCCUGAACCUGCGGGGUGAGCUGGAACAACUCAAGGCUGGCGUGGCCAAGGUGGCCGGCGGGCUCAGCCGCUGCCAGGACACAGCCCAGGAACUCCAGCACGCAGUGGGCCACUUUGACCAGCGGGUGGCACAAGUGGAGGGCGCCUGCAGGAGGCUGGGCGAGCUGGCGGCAGGCCUUGACAGCUGGCCCAGGGAGGGCCUGUGGGGCCACAUGGACCAGCUGAAUCGCACACUGGCCCAGCACACACAGGACAUUGCCCGCCUCCGAGACGACCUGCUGGACUGCCGGGCCCAGCUGGCUGAGCAGGCACGGUCGGGGCGAGCCGACUAGGGAGGCUGGUGGGGAUUGAAGCCCCAGAUCCCACGACCCAGGGAACAUCACCCAGCCAUCUCCACAUGGCUGUUCCAGCCACCAAAAUCCAUGUUCGGUGCUGCACAAACUGGACAAUUCAGGAGAGUGGUCAAGGCAGGGACAUCAUGCCUAAAGGCCACAGUGGACUUAAGAGCCCGCACACGUCACUGUCUGCAAACCAGAGUCAGCAACUGUGCAAAGACCUCCAGGCCUGUUCUCAGGGGCCCGGCCAUACUGCCCUUUGCCCGUGAGCGACCAUCUGCAGCCCCUGAAGGCUUCUCUCCCCAGCUGUCUGGGCUGGGUUUCUGUAGGACGGUGAUGCCCGCUAGAACUGCCCUCAC